GAUGUUCAGGGUGAUGAGAAGCUUGGUGUUUGUAGCUCUCUUAUGACCAACAACGUGAAAUACUGUGUCGGAGACAACUUAAUUAUAGAUCUUGUGGAGGAGGACAUCCCAAUCUUUAUGAAGAUUGUGAAGAUUUUGCGGUUCAGGGGUGCUUGGAUGAUCUUCGGCAAGCUGCGGAUACCAAUAACAUUUGAAAGACAUUACCAUGCUUUCAAAUUGGAGGACCAGAAGGAGUGGAUUCUUGUGCAGCCAGGGGAGGAGAAAGAAUUUCAUCCUCUUGACACAUAUGUGCAUGAUGAUACCAAGUAUAUUACAUUAUACCACAGAGUGCAGUAUUCUAGAGCAACAAAUUGAUGGAGAGACUCUGCUGGGUCUCACAGAAAGGAUGGUGGAAAGACUUUUUCCUGUAAUGAAACAUCAGGUGACAUUUAUGAAGGAGCUUAAUAAGUUAAAAAACCUGGAAACUGAAGUGCCUCAAAUAUCUUGUACUCGACAAGAACCCUGUGAGAAUGAGGGCUCAUUUGUUGCCCAACCUUGGCCAGCAGUAUACAACCUGCCUGUCUUUCCCCCUGAACUGCAAGCAGCUUUGCAGAGGAAGGAUCCCGGCUUUAAGAAGAAGGACAAGUCCCACAUCCGUGCAUUACUGAUUCAAGUGUUAUUUGACAGCAUCACUAAGCACACCUGGUACCCAAAUCAUAAAAUGUAUGGAGAUGUUCUGGGGAGUUUGAUCACCCGCUUUCCAUUUUUGAAGGAUGGCAGCUCCUCUGGUUAUGAUACCUUGUUGGAAUGCCUUAGAAACAAAUUUAAAAAAGAAAGGAUUCCCUUGGUUAGCUCAUCGAUCGUCCUGCAAAUGAAGGAGAAGUAUGGGAUUAAAAGGAAGUGUGCUGGACAAACAGAUUCGGAGGAACUUGGUCAACAACAAGAGAGUGCAAAAUGUAGAAGAGAACCAUUGGAUAUAUUGGCAUUUAAAGAUUCUGCUUGUUCGCAGGAGAUUGUGUUGGACCUGGAAGUAAUGGGUGAGGAUGAGACAAGUUUCCGGGAACACAUUAAUGCCAUCACCCUGGAGUUGCGUAAAAGCAAUCCCAGUUACUCUGAAGUCAAGAACCGGAUGAAGCGCACUCUUUUCAAAAGAGUACAGCUUAUGGACAGGCCUGCAGCUGAAGUAAUGGAGCAGUUUCCUUUUCUUGGAGUGCCACAGCUUAUGCUGCAUGAAAUGACAAUGAGGUUUGGAACAGACUUGGCGAAGAAUUUGGAAACAUCUCUGAAUGAAAUGGCACCAAACAUCAUCAGGAGUGCAAAAGAAGGAAGUCAAAAAAAACUCUACACCAAUCUCAUUGGACUAGCAGAGGAAACCACAGAAGCUAGGCAGAUGGAACAAGCUCAAGCCCAGUGUCCCAUUCACCAAAUCUGCUCCGUGUCCAUUCCCAUGACGCAAUUGCAGGACGUUAAUGGACCUUUCAUGUGCAAAGCUCUCCAGCAGCCCUAA